UAUGGGAUUGGGUGCUGCAAAGUUGAAUGGUCCUGGAGCUGUGUGUGGUUGUAGUGUGUGCCACGUCUGCUGCAGGGAAGAUGAUGGAGGUGAUGGUGGUCGCCGCUCUGCUGGCCUGUGCUGGGGGCGCCCUCAUCCCUGAGGUGCAGAUCACAGUGCUGGAGAAACCUUAUAUCUGCAAGAGGAGGACUAAGAAUGGCGACAUGCUGCUGGUGCACUUCGAGGGCUUCUUGGAGAGCAAUGGGACCCGCUUCCAUUCAACUUAUGCAGAUAACAAUAACCAGCCUGUAUGGUUUACACUUGGCAUUAAAGAAGCGAUCAAAGGAUGGGAUAAAGGCCUGAAAGAUAUGUGUGUGGGGGAGAAACGAAAGCUGGUUGUACCUCCGUCACUGGCCUAUGGAAAGGAAGGGAAAGGAAAAAUUCCACCAGAGAGCACUUUAAUCUUCGAUCUUCAUCUUAUUGAGAUCCGAAAUGGACCACGAUCGCAUGAGUCGUUUCAGGAAAUGGAUUUGAAUGAUGACUGGAAACUAUCUAGAGAAGAGGUGAAAGCCUAUCUGAAAUUUGAGUUUGAGAAGCACGGCGGCGCCAUGAAUGAAACCCAACAUGAAGUCUUGGUUGAGAGCAUAUUUGAGAAAGAAGACGAUGACAGCGAUGGCUUUAUUUCUGCCAGAGAAUUCACAUAUAUUCAUGAUGAGCUAUGAACAUGGAUUAUUUCUAAGCUUGUGGGCUAGAAGUUUAAGCAUAUAGAGUUUUACUAAUACAUUUUCUGAAGAUGCAGGUUCCCACUAU